AUGAAUUGCACUUUUCAUAUAAAUAGUCCAAUAUCUUUGAUAUGUAUAGCUCCUCACAAGUGUUAAUGCUAAAGAAAACUAUGCGUUGAAUGCUAAUACGACCAUGAAGUGGAUAUCAAAAAACAUACAAUUCCGAUUAAUAAAUUUCAUGAAAGGCUUAUGAAGAAAUUAAAAGAACUUAAGCUUGAUGAGACUUCUCAAAUAAUUGAAGAGCGAACUGAAUUUAAAUCAAUGCUGUCUCAUACUGAGAGUAUGAUGAAGAAUAUUUGGGAAGAAUUGUCACAAUCAAUCAUUUAGUUAUAUGAUAUGAUUGAAAAAUAAAACAAAUCAUAUCUUGAUAUCAUUAACCAGAAUAUAAAUCUAAAUGAAACUUCAAAUACUGAGUUAGAGAAAUUAGUACAAAUAUUAGAAGGAUAAACAUUAAAUGUUUGGAAUGUUGAGAAAAAAUUUUAUUUGAAUUAGUUAAAAAAAAUAAGGAAUUUAUGGGGCUAAGAAAUAAAGUCUCUUAGUGAAAAGAUAAAAGAAAUGAAUGAGAUUUUUCAAUAGCAAUUUAAAUCUUCUAUUACUACUAUAAAGCAAUUUUAAGUAGAAGCCGAAGUUAUGAAAGAAGAUCUUUUUGAAAUGCUAUCCUAGAUUCAGAAUAUUGAUGAAUCUAUAUAUAACAAUAUUCUUGAAAUACUUAGAAGAUAGAAAGCUUCAGAUAUCCUAGGAUUUCUUUCAAAGUAAAGCAAUUUUUAUGAAUUAUUAAUCAACGAGUAAAUGAAUACAAGCGAUGCAAUUGAGAUAAUAAAGAAAAUUACAAUAGUCUUGAGUAAUAUUUAGGAUCAUUAAUUUAAUAAAGAUGAUUAUUCUUCAGGCACAUACUAUAAAGCAAGAUAAGAUUUAAUAAAAAAAUUAGCGAAAAAUAAGGGUAUCAUAGAUUUUAUCAAAUUUUUAGUUCUACUCACAAGCAUAGAUGAAAAAUUUAUUUAAAGUGGGUCAAAUGGAUUAAAUUUAUUAUUAGGUAUGAAGAUAGAUCUCAGAAACCAAUCAUUAGAGAAUAUAAGGAUUAAGAAUACUUCUUUGAUUGGAGGGCACUUUGUGAAAUGCAACUUAAGUGGAUCAGAGUUGGAUAAUGUAGAUAUAAGUGGAUUGAAUUUGAAUGGAGCUUAGUUAUUCAAAUGUAAAUGGAAAAAUUUGAAAAUUCAGGAAUUGAAUAAAUUGGACGGUCAUAGUGAUAUUGUUUGGUAAGUUUGUAUCUCUCCGUAAGGUAAUAAAUUAGCUUCUGGUAGUAGUGAUAAUACUAUACGUCUAUGGGAUGUUAAAACAGGAUAAUAAAAUGCCUAAUUAGAGGGUCAUGAUGAUGCUGUUAUAUCAGUUUGUUUCUCUCCUGAAGGAAAUACAUUAGCUUCGGGCAGUAAUGAUAAUUCUAUCCGUCUAUGGGAUGUCAUAACAGGAGAAUAAAAAGCAAAAUUAGAUGGACAUUAAUUUGCUGUUAUAUCAGUUUGUUUCUCUCCUGAUGGAAAUACAUUAGCCUCUGGUAGUAGAGAUAACUCUAUACGUCUAUGGGAUGUUAAAACAGGAUAAUAAAAGGUGUAAUUAGACGGCCACACUAGUUAUGUAUACUCAGUCUGUUUCUCUCCUGAUGGAAUGACAUUAGCAUCUGGUAGUAAUGAUAACUCUAUUCGUCUAUGGGAUGUCAUAACAAAAGAAUAAAAGGUGUAAUUAGACGGCCACACUAGUUAUGUAUACUCAGUCUGUUUCUCUCCUGAUGGAAGUAAAUUAGCAUCUGGUAGUUAUGAUAAGUCGAUCCGUUUAUGGGAUAUUAAAACCCUAUAAUAAAGGGUCUAAUUAGAUGGUCAUACUAGUUAUAUCUAAUCAGUUUGUUUCUCUCCUGAUGGAAAUACAUUAGCUUCUGGUAGUAGUGAUAACUCUAUACGUCUAUGGGAUGUUAAAACAGGAUAAUAAAAGGUCUAAUUAGAUGGUCAUACUAAUGAUGUCAACUCAGUCUGUUUUUCUCCUGAUGGAAAUACAUUAGCUUCUGGUAGUAAUGAUAAUUCUAUUCGUCUAUGGGAUGUUAAAUCAGAAUAAUAACAGGUCUACUUAGAUGGUCAUACUAAUGAUGUCAACUCAGUCUGUUUCUCUCCUGAUGGAAAUACAUUAGCAUCUGUUAGUAAUGAUAACUCUAUCCGUAUAUGGGAUGUUAAAACAGGAUAAUAAAAGGUCUAACUAGAUGGUCAUACUAAUGAUGUCAACUCAGUCUGUUUUUCUCCUGAUGGAAAUACAUUAGCUUCUGGUAGUAAUGAUAAUUCUAUUCGUCUAUGGGAUGUCAUAACAAGAUAAUAAAUAGCCAAAUUAGAUGGUCAUUGUGAUUAUGUAAGAUCAGUCUGUUUCUCUCCUGAUGGAAAUACAUUAGCUUCUGGUAGUUAUGAUAAUUCUAUCCGUAUAUGGGAUGUUAAAACAAGGCAAUAAAAAGUCUAAUUAGAUGGUCAUACUAAUGAUGUCAACUCAGUCUGUUUUUCUCCUGAUGGAAAUACAUUAGCUUCUGGUAGUAAUGAUAACUCUAUCCGACUAUGGGAUGUCAUAGCAGGAUAAUAAAUAACUAAAUUAGAUGGUCAUAUUAGUUAUAUCUAAUCAGUAUGUUUUUCUCCAUAAGGAAAUACCUUAGCAUCUGGUAGUAGAGAUAAUUCUAUCCGCCUAUGGGAUGUUAAAACAAGGCAAUAAAAAGUCUAAUUAGAUGGUCAUACUAAUGAUGUCAACUCAGUCUGUUUUUCUCCUGAUGGAAAUACAUUAGCUUCUGGUAGUAAUGAUAACUCUAUCCGUUUAUGGAAUGUCAUAACAGGAGAAUAAAUAGCUAAAUUUGAUGGUCAUAUUAGUUAUAUUAAAUCAAUCUGUUUUUCUCCAGAUGGAAAUACAUUAGCAUCUGGUAGUAGAGAUAGCUCUAUCCGUUUAUGGAUUGUUAAAACAGGAAUAGAAACUCAACCCUUAUAUUGCAAUUAUAAUGAAAUCCUUAAAAAAUGGAAGUCUCCAAUACUCUUAAACAAUCUACCCAAUAGUGGUAUUAAUUUGUUAUUUUAUUUAGUUAAUCCUAAUAAUACAAUUCUUGUUAUAUCUAAAGAUCCAUUUUUAUUAGCAAAUGGAGCUUUAAUCUUGUAAGGACAAUUUUUAACUACUUGGGGAGAAGAUUUACAAAGAUUUUUUGAAUCAAGAGGAAGUUGUAUUUUGGACAAUUUACUAUAAAUUAAUUAUGAGUGA